UUAAUGUUUCCUCGCUUAUAGUGGAUAGUAUUACGGACAUGUUGCCGAACGCUCAUGUGGACGUAUCCGCACUUACUCAUCUCGAGAAAUUGCCUCUCGCAGAUUUAGAUUUUGCGCUUCCGGGUAAUAUCGAUAUUUUGAUCGGAGCUGCAGUAUUCCCGCACUUACUGCUACCUAACAUAGUACGCAGUGAGCAAGAUAAUUUACCUCCCGCUAUUGAGACGGUUUUCGGUUAUGUGAUUAUGGGCGCCGUGCCUACGUCACAUAGUUCUCGUUAUACUACGUCUUGCUGUUCUGUUCUUCAAGAAAAUAACAUUAAUUCUCUCGUAAAGCGAUUUUGGGAGCUUGAAGAGAUUUCCGCGCCGCCCUCGAUGAGUCAUAAGGACCUCGAGUGUGAAGAACAUUUCCGCGCUACUACUGUUCGCGAUAACAGUGGUAGGUAUAUAGUCGCGUUACCAUUUUGUGGUGACCCUUAUUCGCUAGGCGAUUCGUACGCCGUCGCUCUCAGACGUUUUCAUUGUUUAGAACGAAAACUGAAUUCGUCACCUAACUUACGCCGCGCUUAUAAUGACGUUAUUCGUGACUACAUCGAUAAAUAUUUUUUGAGCCCAGUUGUGAGUGAUAACGCUGACUGCGUUCCCGCAUAUUAUAUUCCGCAUCACGGUGUAGUUCGCGAAGAUAAAAUUUCCACUAAACUCCGCGUAGUUUUAGACGCUAGCUGUCGGACUACAUCGGGCCAGUCUAUCAAUGAUAUUUUGCAUACUGGACCGAAUCUACAGGGUGAUUUAUUUAACAUAAUAAUAAAUUUUCGUCUUUUCAAAAUUGCUUUGUCAGCUGAUUGUCGACAAAUGUUUCUUAAUAUAGGCGUUCACGAAUCUGACCGUAGAUUCCAGCGUAUAUUUUACCGCUUUAGUAAUGAUGAACCUAUAACGGUUUACCAAUUUAACCGCGUUUGUUUCGGACUUAGGUCCAGUCCAUAUCACGCCUUACGAGUUGUGCGUCAACUGAUUGCUGAUGAAGGCGAUGAUUUUCCCGCUGCUGCGUUAGCAGCUUCUAAGUCUUUAUUUAUGGACGAUAUCGUUUGUAGCGUUAUAGACACUCCGCGCGCAAUUUCGCUUUGUGAAGAGCUUAUUCAGCUUUUCAAGCGAGGCCAAUUUGAUCUUGUCAAAUGGACGAGUAAUUCAAAGGAGGUUCUCGCACACUUAUCUGAUUCUCAUAAGGCUUCACCGGACCUUGAGUUCGAUAAGUCCAUUCCGCAUAAGGUCCUCGGCUUGCGCUGGGACAGAUCGCAAGAUAGUUUUCGCUUUGACGUCGCACUGCCUGAUGCGAAGUGUACCAAACGCAUAAUGCUGUCCACAAUAGCUCGACUUUGGGACAUAAUGGGUUUUGUGGCUCCCACCAUUUUGUACGCCAAGCUCUUGAUAAAAGAGCUUUGGUUGGCAAAGUAUUUCGUCCGCGUCCAACUUAUCCUCUUAUGGCAGACCUUCCUAGCCAACGCGUGA